CAUGUAUUGCCAAGAAAAUGAAUACUGGGACCAAUGGGGACGGUGUGUCACUUGCCAACUGUGUGGCCCUGGAGAAGAGCUCUCCAAGGAUUGUGGUUAUGGAGAGGGUGGAGACGCAUACUGCACAGCCUGCCCUCCCAGAAGAUACAAAAGCAGCUGGGGCCAUCAUAGAUGCCAGAUUUGCAUCACCUGUGCUGUCAUCAAUCGUGUCCAGAAGGCCAACUGCACAGCUACCUCUAAUGCUGUCUGUGGGGACUGCCUUCCCAGGUUCUACCAAAAGACACGCAUUGGAGGCCUGCAGGACCAAGAGUGCAUCCCGUGUACAAAGAAGACUCCCACCUCUGAAGUUCAAUGUGCCUUCCAGUUAAGCUUAGUGAAGGUAGAUGUACCCACUGUGCCCCUGCAGGAAACCACGCUUGUACUGGUGAGCAGUCUGCUCGUGGUGUUUACCCUGGCAUUCCUGGGGCUCUUCUUCUUCUACUGCAAGCAGUUCUUCAACAGACAUUGCCAGCAUGUUGCAGGAGGUUCGCUGCAGUUUGAGGCUGACAAGGCAGCGGAGGAGGAAUCUCUCUUCCCCAUGCCACCUGGCCAGGAGACCAGUCCUGAGUCCCCACUGAGUGAAAGCAUCUUUGAGACUCAGCCACAUAAUCUUAUCCUGGAUGACGACCGCAGCUCAACUCGUGGCUUCCCCACCCAGGAGUCUUUUACCAUGGCCUCCUGCGCCUCAGAGAGCCACUCUCACUGGGUCCACACUCCCAUCGAAUGCACAGAGCUGGACCUGCAAAAGUUUUCCAGCUCUGCCUCCUAUACUGGAGCCGAGACCUUGGGGGGGAACACAGCUGAAAGCUCUGGAGAGAGGUUGAAAUUCAAUGUGCGCUUUGAAGUUCCUAGCCCUUAA